AGAACAACAAGAAGAAGACGCAUGGAAGAAGAAAAUUCCCAAAUAAUUCUUGAAAAUGCUCACACUGAAUUCAACACGCUCAAUUUCAAACAGGCAGAGGAGCUGUAUACAAAGUUUAUUUCUGCUUGUUUACAGUCAAGGGCAUGUGAAGCUGGGCAGUUGGCCACUGCUUACAACAACCGCGGACAGAUAAAGUACCUGCGGGUGGACUUCCAUGAAGCCGUGCAGGACUACACCUCUGCAAUACAGGCGGACACACGCUUCGAAAUCCCUUUCUACAACAGAGGACUUAUCCACUACAGAUUAGGUUUUUUUCAAGAUGCCAAGAGUGAUUUCCAGCAAGCACUGAAGCUCAAUCCAGAUUUUGAAGAUGCCAAAGUGAGCCUGCAACAGACACUUCUGGACCAGCAGCAGAAGAUCAACAGGGGAUACUGAGGACCUCAAACAUCUAUGCGUGUUGAAAAUAGCUAGGGUACUCAGGACCUCAGUGCUACCGGGGUUCCUUUAACAGUUUUGUGUUUAGUAUAUGAAGGAAAGCCUCUUUUCCAUUUGGGGUUAUAAACACAUGGGAUGUAGCUGUGGACCUCAAAAUGGAUUCUGACUUGGAAUAUUUUAAAUCCAUCAUGAUAAUGCUUUAAAAGAUCAAUGAAUCAUGCAGACAUGAAUAAUUCACUUCUGUCCUAAAGCUGUGGCUAGUGUCUUUCAUUUUUCUACCUCAAAAUUCAUGUUGAUAUCUGAUUUUUCACACUUUUGAUUUUGUGAUUGAGUUUUUGUUUUGCACUGGCUCAUAUGUUGGGUUCAAUUUGUUCUUCUAGUAGGCUAUGUCUACAAAGUUACUAAUAUCAGAUAUUUUAAAUGUUGCAGGGGUUGUUGUUUUUAUAACACGAAACUUAAAAAAAAUAAAAAAAAUAUUCCCACUUGCUUUUUCUUUACCUGCUUUGUUUUGUUCAGUAUCUGAAUACUUGAUGGAAGGUUGUUAUAAUAAUUGACCCCAGAACGAUAGCCAGUAGAGCUUCAUAUUUUAACUGUCAUUAAUUCAGUGUACAAUGAUUAUUUAAAAUAUGCUUCUUUAAGUUAUUAAUUAGUGCUCAAGUUAAAGUGGGUGAAAAUGUCUUUUAAAUCCAAUUAAUCUACAGGUACUCCAUAAAGUCUCAAAAACAAGCAGCGACAACAGGUGGCUGCAGUGACGUCCAGGCAAAGGAUCUCCAGGGAGGAACCUCAGAAGAUGCUGAUGUCCAUAGGCUCCAAACCUCUGGCAGACUUUCAUCUACAUAUUGAAAAUUAUUUACAAUUAUGCCAGUGUCUAAAUAAUUUGGAGCCUCUUAAAAAUGGUGGUACUUUGCUUAAAAUAGCUAUAAUUCUUAAAAGAUAAAUGUGGUAUUUGUUGUGAAAACUCUUAACUUAAAGCUGAUAUACUUUAAUCACAUCUUGAUUUUUGUUUCAUAUCCAUUUGGGUGGUGUAUGAAGAUAAUAUCAUUGUCCAAAUAUCUAUGGACCUAAAUCUAUUCCUCUUUCCUUUUAAUCAUUGACUUUGAGCUCUGUUUUUGGAGCCUCUCCAGAAACUUUUAAGUUUAGUGUGUAAAAGCUGCAGUAUAUGACAUCAGUUCAUGCAAUU